AUGCAGCCGAGUUCUGAAAACCCCCAUGGAAAUUCAGAUGAAACAAUGUCAAACAAUCAGGUUGAAGAUCUGGAUACCGAUGAAAACCCAGAUUCUUUCCUAGAUGGGUCUGUCAUGGAGAAGAUCCUCCAGAGGCGAAGCUUGCGCAUGCGAAAUAUGCAGAGAGCUUGGUUGGUAAGGAAAUAUUCGCCCGGUGCUCCUCGGCGUUGGAUGUACAGAGAAAACAGAUUGGCCACACUCUAUCUCCCUUCUGGUUUGAAUGAAGUUUCAGCCGGACCUGUUGCUUCUUGUGACCAGAAUGACUUGAUGUGGGUACAGCCUGGAGAUAUAAAUGGUUUGAAGGGGCAGCUGGUAAAGUUGCUUGAACUGUCAGGAGGAUGUCUGUCUCUUACUCGUGUACAUGCUGAGUACCAGAAAAUUUUUGGGAGGCCUCUUUACAUUUCAGAAUACGGGGCAGUCAAACUUGUGAAUCUUCUCAAGAAAGUGACGCCCUGGUUUUGGUAA